GAACUUCAGUUUCGAUUAUGACGUGAGGUAUGAAAUCCUGGUUGGGAAGAAGUUGAGAAAAACAUAGAGUUUUCUCUCCGUCGUAAAGCUUAUGACAAAGUAUAAAGAGAUGAUAUCAAGUUGGAACGCAAAGGAGUUAGCUGCUGCCGCUAAUUGGUCUCGACAGUAUCAAGCAGCAGAUACAGGCAGCAAUAAUGAAAAUAGUGAGAAUUCAGAGUCAACUGAAGGGUCUAAACAAGCUGAGACACCGGAGUGGGAAAGAGCAAGGCAGGCUCUAGCCAAAGUGAACACACAAAUAACCAAGUCACCAGUAAAAUCCAAGACGAACAACAGCAACACUACCAAUGCUGCAUCCACCAUUCAACAGCAAACGCUUGCUUAUCAACAGUAUUAUCAAUAUUAUCAAACAUGGGGUGGUUAUGCUCCGUAUUCAUACCAAUAUCCUGGUUAUGUACCAGCUUUUACAAUGCCUCCUCCACAGGCAAAUGUACCUCCAACUCAAACCUACCAACCAUCACCACCAUCAGUGCCUUCAUCCACAGCCAGCUCCUUGAACUCCACUGAGAACAGUGACACUUCAGCAUCUGAACAAACUAAUGACAAUAACUCUUUUCGUAAUUAUCCAACACAAAACACAUAUCAGUCAAGGCAGCCAUGGCAAGCCAGAAAUCAGCAGCGCUCGUCAUUUUCCCACCAAAAUGAAAAGGUGAGAUUCAACAUUGUAAAUGGAUGAUAUCAAAGCAUGCCAGUAAAGAAA